AUGCCUGCUCCCGUGGGUAACCCCCAGACCCUCUACGAUAAGGUGUUCUCGGCACAUAUCGUCGACGAAAAGCUCGAUGGCACAAUUCUCCUCUACAUCGACCGGCACUUGGUCCACGAGGUGACAUCACCACAAGCCUUCGAGGGUCUCGAAAAUGCAGGCCGCAAAGUCCGGAGACCUGAUUGCACUCUUGCAACCACUGAUCACAAUGUCCCCACCACAUCCCGCAAAGCCCUGAAGGACAUUGCUUCAUUCAUCGAGGAGGACGAUUCGCGAACACAGUGUGUCACUCUGGAAGAGAAUGUCAAAAAGUUUGGUGUCACAUAUUUCGGCCUGGGCGACAAACGACAAGGUAUUGUCCACAUCAUUGGUCCCGAGCAGGGCUUCACUCUUCCCGGAACCACCGUCGUGUGCGGUGACAGCCAUACCUCAACACAUGGCGCCUUCGGUGCCCUUGCCUUUGGUAUCGGUACCAGCGAGGUUGAGCAUGUCUUGGCCACCCAGUGUCUCAUAACAAAGCGCAGCAAGAACAUGAGGAUACAGAUUGAUGGUGAGCUGGCCCCUGGCGUCAGUUCCAAGGACGUCGUGCUCCACGCCAUCGGCAGGAUCGGAACUGCCGGAGGUACGGGCGCAGUUAUUGAGUUUUGCGGGUCUGUUAUCCGUAACCUGAGCAUGGAGGCUCGCAUGUCCAUCUGUAACAUGUCCAUCGAGGGUGGUGCCCGCGCUGGUAUGGUUGCCCCUGAUGAGAUCACUUUUGAAUAUCUUAAGGGACGGCCCCUUGCCCCCAAGUAUGGCUCCGAGACCUGGAACCAGGCUGUUGCCUAUUGGAAGUCUCUCCAGUCUGAUCCUGGUGCCAAAUACGACAUUGACGUCUUUAUCGACGCCAAGGACAUCAUUCCCACCAUUACUUGGGGAACCAGCCCUGAGGAUGUCGUUCCCAUCACCGGAUGUGUCCCUGACCCUGAGACCUUUAGCAGUGAGAGCAAGAAGGCUGCUGGCCGCCGCAUGCUUGAGUACAUGGGCUUGACGGCUGGAACACCAAUGGAGGAUAUUCCUGUCGAUAAGGUGUUUAUUGGAUCAUGCACCAACGCCCGAAUUGAGGAUCUGAGAGCCGCUGCCAACGUUGUGAAGGGGCGAAAGGUUGCCGAUAACAUCAAGCGCGCCAUGGUUGUCCCUGGCUCUGGCCUUGUGAAGGCACAGGCUGAGGAGGAGGGACUUGACCAGAUCUUUGUUGAUGCUGGUUUUGAGUGGAGAGAAGCUGGAUGUAGCAUGUGUCUGGGCAUGAACCCUGACAUUCUGGCCCCCAAGGAACGAUGUGCCAGUACAUCCAACCGAAAUUUUGAGGGCCGACAGGGUGCUCUUAGCCGAACUCACCUCAUGUCUCCUGUCAUGGCAGCUGCUGCCGCUAUUGUUGGCAAGCUUGCAGAUGUUCGCAAGCUAUCACACUACACCCACCAAUCUGCCUUUAAGCCCCGUGAGCUCCCUGCGGAGGAGCCACACGUGGACGAGCGAACCAGGGAUGACUCUGAGGAGCGAGAGAUGAUCGGAGAUCAGCCUCAGGACUCUCAGCCUCACACCAACACUCUGGCCAGCGCUGGAGGUGCCGCUUCUGGUCUGCCUAAGUUUACUAUCUGGAAGGGCACUGCGGCUCCUCUGGACCGAUCCAAUGUUGACACCGACGCCAUCAUUCCCAAGCAGUUCCUCAAGACAAUCAAGCGAACAGGUCUUGGUACCGCACUGUUUUACGAGCUUCGAUACAAGGAAGAUGGGUCUGAGAACCCUGACUUCAUCUUGAACCAAGAGCCCUUCCGACAAGCCAAGACUCUGGUUGUCACUGGACCCAACUUCGGGUGCGGCAGCUCUCGAGAGCACGCUCCUUGGGCCCUUCUGGAUUUUGGCAUCAAGUGCAUCAUCGCUCCCUCCUUCGCUGAUAUCUUCUUCAACAACACUUUCAAGAAUGGCAUGCUCCCCAUCAGGAUCGAGAACAAAGACAACCUCGAAGCCAUCGCCGCGGAGGCUCGUGCCAAUCGUGAGAUUGAGAUCGAUCUGCCCAAUCAGCUAAUCAAGAACGCUGACGGAGAGACCAUCUGCUCAUUCGACGUUGAGGAGUUCCGCAAGCACUGCCUGGUCAACGGCCUCGACGACAUUGGCCUGACCAUGCAGCAGGAGGACAAGAUUGCCGAGUUCGAGCGACGCAUGACACAAAACACCCCAUGGCUCGACGGCACAGGUUACCUGAAGCGUCCCGGACAGGGUGGCAAGCUGGCCGCUAAGGCUGUCCCUGUUCCCAAAACAAAUCGCGGCGAGGAGAAAAAGGAGCCCCUCGAGUGGUGA